UACGAUGAGCGUCUGCUUUGGUACAUCUCUUUGGGAAUAAAAAAAAAUAUUUGUAAAAUACCUUCGAAUUUUGCAUUUACAUUACGGCUAAGUUGCCAUUUUCUUAAAAACUGCUUCCACUUUUUUUUAUCAAACUUGACAAUUUGGACGAAGUUUUAUUCUUCUUUAAUAUUCUUAAAGUAAUAUUUCGGUUCUACAAUUAGGAAACCGAGACAUUGAGAAAAUUUCAAAAAAUAUAUAUUUUGGUCGGCGGUAGAUAGCAACUGGCAACAGGAUGAGGCAGCACCGCAAAGCCAUUAGAAAACUAGUAGAGAUAGACAGUGCCAUUUUGUAGCACCACUAGCUCUAAUCAGAGGUAUCAUCAGCCCCAAUAACCUCGGAUUGUCGUGACUACUGAACUCCUUCCGAAACACCGAAUGAAGGAAACGGGAUGGAGUCGGAGUCCGCUGUCUUCAUCACCGGAUGAAGUGAAACGGGAUGAGCUGGGAAGCGAUUCCGUACGCCACUGACGCUGUGCGUUUCGUCCAGCCAGCCUGCCGCCCCGGGCCUCGCGCCGCCGCGCCGCUCCACUCCUCUCCGGCGAGCGCGCCGAAGGGUUGGGGGGCGGGGGUGGGGGCGGCCACCACUCCCACCGUCACAGCCAGUGGCCCGGCGGCGCCCGCUCCGCAGCCAUCAGGUUCUGUGAUAUGACACUCAAGAUGUCUGUUUGAUUCAGUCACCCAUGGGAUUGAUAUGUUGUUUGAUGAUCUAAAAUGUGGGCAGCAACAGCACCAAUGUUACUAGCAUUGUUCCUGCACUGUAUCUUGGUGCUCUUCACACCAAACCUUGUUGUAGAAUCCACAAAUCCAUCAUAUUUUAACAUUGGAGGAGUGUUAAGUAACAACGACAGCCAAUUCUACUUUCAGGAAAUUAUAGCGCACUUGAAUUUUGACAAUCAGUAUGUCCCACGUGGAGUAACAUAUUAUGCAACUGCCAUUCAAAUUGAUCCCAAUCCUAUUCGCACAGCUCUGAAUGUUUGUAAAUACCUCAUUAAUUCAAGAGUCUACACUGUAGUGGUUUCCCAUCCUCUCACAGGUGACCUCUCACCAGCUGCUGUGUCUUACACCAGUGGGUUUUACCACAUUCCUGUCAUUGGAAUAUCUUCCCGUGACUCUGCUUUCUCUGAUAAAAAUAUUCAUGUUUCAUUUCUACGAACUGUUCCACCAUAUUCUCAUCAAGCGGACGUAUGGGUAGAACUACUAAAACAUCUCAAGUACAGAAAAGUUAUAUUUAUUCACAGUUCUGAUACUGAUGGUCGUGCUCUGUUAGGAAGGUUUCAAACUACAUCACAAAGUUUAGAAGAUGAUGUAGAAAUAAAAGUACAGGUUGAACUUGUCAUUGAAUUUGAACCAGGCAUUGAAACAUUUACUGAGCAACUUUUGGAAAUGAAGAGUGCUCUUUCUAGAGUGUAUCUGAUGUAUGCUGGGAAAGCUGAUUCAGAAGUAAUUUUUCGUGAUGCCGAACAACAAAAUAUGUUAGAGAAAGAAUUUGUGUGGAUUGUCACAGAACAGUCAUUAGAAGCCAACAAUGUACCAAUUGGAACUCUGGGACUUAAAUUGGUGAAUGCAACUAGUGAAAAAGCUCACAUACAAGACAGCAUUUAUGUUUUGGCUUCUGCACUGCGUGACAUGAAUCAGACCCAGACUAUCACAGAGGCUCCCAAGGACUGUGAUGAUUCAGGUUCGAUAUGGGAGACUGGAAAAACAUUAUUUGAGUAUAUAAAAAAGCAAGUUUUAGUAAAUGGAGCCACUGGGAAGGUAGCCUUUGAUGAUAAUGGUGAUCGUAUUAAUGCAGAAUAUGAUGUAGUUAAUGUUCAAGAUAAACAACAACAAGUUUCUGUAGGACAGUACUGUUAUCAGCAUGAUCUUGAGCGAAUGCGUCUUAAACUUGAUGAAAGUGCCAUAGUGUGGCCUGGGCGCCGUUCAGGAAAACCAGAAGGAGUGGUCAUUCCUACUCAUCUAAAAGUUCUGACAAUAGAAGAGAAGCCUUUUGUGUAUGUUCGCCGUCUUGGGGAUGAUGAAGAACUUUGUGGACCAGAAGAAAUUCUAUGUCCACAUAUCAACGCAACUGAAGAAGUAUUUUGCUGUCGUGGAUUCUGUAUGGACCUAUUGAAAGAACUUGCAAGAACAAUCAAUGUUACCUACAAUUUAACAUUAUCACCAGAUGGACAAUUUGGCAGUUAUAUAAUAAAAAAUAGUUCAGCUGGUGGGAAGAAAGAAUGGACAGGCCUUAUAAGGGAGUUAGUGGAUGAUCGUGCUGAUAUGAUAGUUGCUCCAUUGACCAUAAAUCCAGAAAGAGCUGAAUUCAUUGAGUUUAGUAAACCAUUUAAAUAUCAAGGAAUCACAAUUCUUGAAAAGAAGCCUUCACGUUCUUCAACAUUGGUAUCAUUUUUACAACCUUUUAGCAACACUUUAUGGAUUUUGGUUAUGGUAUCUGUGCAUGUCGUGGCACUAGUUCUUUAUUUAUUGGAUAGAUUUUCACCUUUUGGACGUUUCAAACUUGCAAACACUGAUGGAACUGAAGAAGACGCUUUAAAUCUUUCCAGUGCCAUUUGGUUUGCAUGGGGAGUGUUGCUGAAUAGUGGUAUAGGAGAAGGAACACCUAGAAGUUUCUCUGCCAGAGUUCUUGGAAUGGUUUGGGCUGGUUUUGCUAUGAUCAUUGUAGCUUCAUAUACUGCCAAUUUGGCAGCUUUCUUAGUGCUCGAAAGACCCAAAACAAAACUAACAGGAAUUAAUGAUGCCCGACCCUCUACCUGGAAGGAAAGCAUUAUUUAUUGCCUACAACAUUGUGAAAUAUGAAAUGAAAGAUUGAUGGUAUAAGGAAGUCAAUACGGACACAUUUUUCUAGUUACGAAAUACAAUGGAAAAUUUGACAUGUGCAACAGUCAAAGGAUCAGCAGUAGAUAUGUAUUUUCGCCGACAAGUUGAACUUUCAAAUAUGUAUCGAACAAUGGAGGCAAAUAAUUAUGAUACUGCUGAAGAUGCGAUACGAGAUGUAAAACAAGGUAAACUUAUGGCCUUCAUCUGGGAUAGCUCUAGACUAGAAUUUGAGGCUGCACAAGACUGUGAAUUAGUCACAGCAGGAGAACUGUUUGGCAGAUCUGGAUAUGGAAUAGGUCUCAAGAAAGGAUCACCCUGGGCCGACAUUGUCACUCUUGCCAUUCUAGAUUUUCAUGAAAGUGGAUUCAUGGAAAGUUUGGACAACAAAUGGAUUCUUCAAGGGAAUGUACAACAGUGUGAACAAUUUGAGAAAACUCCCAAUACUUUGGGUUUAAAAAAUAUGGCUGGUGUAUUUAUUCUUGUAGCAGCAGGUAUAGUGGGUGGAAUUGGUCUUAUUAUUAUUGAAAUGGCAUACAAGAAACAUCAAAUACGUAAGCAAAAAAGAAUGGAAUUGGCACGUCAUGCAGCAGAUAAAUGGCGAGGGGCUAUUGAGAAACGUAAAACACUUCGAGCUACUAUUGCCGCCCAAAGAAGACUAAAAGCAAAUGGAGUCAACGAUCCUGCUACUGUGUCUUUGUCAGUUGAUGCCUUGCCCCGUCAGUGUCUUGAGCCUCGCAGUCCAGCGCGUGCAUGGCCAGGAGGAUGUGAUGUUAGACAGAGAACUGCAAGAACUGAUGAAAUUCGUAUAGCAACAACAACUCAAAGUAAUCCUGCAUAUGGUUCAAAUCUCCCUGAUAUGAUAGUUUAGCAAUAAGUUAUUAAUACGCUUUAAGAGUGUAUGUUGAAAGAAGAAACAAUUGUGUUCUUCAUAUUUUAACUAAUGGUAAAAAGCACAUAAAAUAAUAUCCCUGUUCUGUUGAUGUAAAUUAAUAAUGUUUAUCCAAGUUGCAAAGUAUUGUGUGUGUUAUAAUAGUUCAUAAUUUUAUUGCAUGUUUUUAGAGUAUGAAAUAUUUAUUGUAAGUUCAUAUUGGAUAUAAAGCAGAGGUUUGAUGUUUGUAAAACAAAUAUGUUUGAUAGAUGAUUUAUUUCUUACCAAUAUUUCCACUUACAAGAAAUUGAUAGAUUACAUGGAAUCAUCCCAUUGCAUCCACAGAAGAGAAUGGUGUUCAAAUGUAUUCAAUAAGCAGACAUGUUAAAAAUAAAUUUCGAAAUGAUGAUCUCAAAAGUUGUUCUUUCUAAUAACCAAUCUCCCUUUAGGAUAUUGUGAGGUUUUUGAGAUCCUGAAAAAAUAAACUAAAUUUAAGAGAGCAGAAGGUACAUAGCCAUUGUUGAGAAGUUCGUGAAAUUUUAAAUUACUGUACAGAAUGUGAAGUACUGACAUUUAUGAUGUUAAUGUAAUGAGUAUUGCUGCCAUCUGGCUCUCAUGAAAAAAUCAGAACUGAAAUGUCUGUCUAAAGGUUUUGGGUAAUGCAGUUCAAGUUUGUUAUAUUGACAAUAGUAGGGUUUUCUAAAAUAUUAUUCUCAUUAACUCUUCCUCCCUAUUGGCAAGGUUUUUGUUCAUGAAAUCAGAGGUGGGAUUUUGGAUCUUGUAAGGGGCAAAGGGUCUUCCCAUGUAAGAUGCUAAAAAGUUCCCCUAAAUCAAAUGGCAUGAGUAGUUACACUAUAAUUAACAUAAAAAUAGAAUUUUUGAAAGGUUUUCAAAAAAGGUUGCAAAGCAGAUUACUGGUCAUUAAUGCAUAAAAAAGGUAUCUCCCUUUCAGUGUGGCACAGCCCCUGCUGGACAAGUUCCAAGUGCCCGCCGGGUCUCCGGACAUGUGUGGUAGUUGUGCUUGUAAGUGCAAGUGUGUGUAUGUGUGUUAGCUCGUAAGAAGAGAGGAUGAGGAAGGAAAGAUUGUGCGCGAUCCGUGGCCCAUUUGUUAGGGUACUGCUCCGGCAUUCGCCUGGUGUUGAUUGGAGAAACUCAC